GGGAGGAAGAAUUAUUAGCUGUUACUUUGACUUAUACCAAUGCUUUUUCUUUAUUUUUUUAAUAAGGACGACAGAAGCUCUCAUCGCCGAGUCAACACGCCUGCAAGGAGCUUCUAAGUGGACAAGCUGCCCUCGUGUCUCGGCGAUCAAUUAGCGACAAGUAGAACUGACUGCCUGUUAAAGUGGAAUGACUGUUAGCAACCCCCUCCAGGUAAAUCUGACCAUUGUUGCCCGGUGCCAAAGAAAUCAAUACCGCCAUGGAGUACUACUGCGCUGAAAUCUCUCUCGGUUUGACACGAGCUGCUGCAAGGGAUUAUUGAAGAACAUGCUGAUGCAGCAAGCCAGCACCAGCAUGCCACGACUGCUCUUUGAGGUUAUUUUUUCAUAGCAAAACUGGACAUUGAUGAUUUUUUGUUUUCAUUAAGGACAUUUGAACUACACUUGAUUGAAUGAGUGGUAUUCUUUUUUUUUUUACUGUGAUUCCUUAACAGAUGACACAUUUUAACAAGACACGUGAUUAGACGUGCUUUACGAAUUGCUAUCAAUAUGAAAGGAUGAGCUGUCUUAAUGGAGAGUGGUCAUUGCCUGUGAUUCCUCUGACACGGCAUGAACAUCCCACUCUGAUGCUCAACAUCAACAGGCUAUUAGAAUAAUGAGUUAGUUGACUUUAAUUGGGAACACAUGGAAAUGUCAGGACAGCAUGUAAACAGCAGCAACAGGGAAGAGCAGGCUGUAAUUAAGGUUCUGGUGCCUAUUCUGGAUGGAUUGAUUUUAGUCACUGGCCUGGUAGGACAAAUCCUCGUCAUCACAAUUCUGACAGGCAGGAGGAGACGUAACGGUCACCCCCCACAUGGUACAGACACCCUCCUGCUUGCUCUGAGUGCGGCUGAUUUGCUAUUGUUGCUUUGCCUUCCCUUCCACACGUCAGCCAUCACGUUGGGAUUUUGGCCUUUCGGCAGUUUCCUGUGCAAAGCCGUCAGCUUCCUAAGCGUAGCCUGCUCAUCAGCAUCUGUCUUUACGUUGGCAGCACUGGCUGUGACUCGCUACCUCACAGUGGUUCACCCAACCUGGGCAUACCGCUCCAGAAUGCAGAGACCCGUGAAAGUGACAGUCGCUCUUCUUUGGCUCCCUGCAUCAGUAUUAGCUGCACCACAGUUUGCCUUCCGCACCGUAACUACGUCCAGAGCUGUGUACUGCUUUGCUUUUCUCUCAAACUUCAGCCAACUUGUUUACAGCAUCACCCUCUUCUUUUUUGGCUUUGCUCUUCCUCUGGGAAUCAUUGUGGUGAUGUACGGAAAGAUCUACUGUUUCCUGCGACAUGCACGGCUGUUUGGGAAUGCUCCUCAGCUGGAGCGCUACCAGAGUCAAGUCACCAACACCUCAGCUCUUUUAGUCCUGGUUUUCACUCUCCUUUGGUUGCCCUCCUAUGCGCUAAUGUUCUCCUUCAUUGGAGGAACUAUUCAAGGCUCACCGGGGUACAACAAUAUCGCCAUCUUCGUCAGAUUGUUGGCGUCCUCAGUAGCGGUGGUUAACCCCGUGCUCUAUGGCUUUAUGUCUCAGAAGUUUAGAAGAGAGCUGCUUCAGCAGGGGAGAGAACGCUGGAACUUCUGCAAAAACUCUCUGGCUGCUUGUCCUCACAUGAUGAUGGGCGGGGACCUGGUAGAGAGCUUCGAGCUGGACACAAGCUCAGAAGCCUAAACUGCCACACUACCUUAUUUACAUCGGGUGCGUACCAUGGUUUGAUUACAAAAAAAUUAUGAUUUCUAACCUGUUGAUUUGAUUCAUCUU